UAAGCGCCAGCUCCGGUCGCACUGAUGCUCAAGCACCUGCAGAAGCAGAGAAAGAACAAAAGCCCUUUGGUUGAGGAAGAAAUGCAAGAAACAGAGAGGUGAAUUCACUUGUCCAAGGUGACGCAGCUACUUAGCGACCUCACAGUGACUGUGAACUCCAGUUUCAUGUUUUGGAAGUAAGAGACGCUCCUAUUUUCAAGACUUAAGCCUUUAUAUCAUAUGCCACUUGAAUGGGGCAAAGGAGUCUAAGAGAAGAACAGCAAAAAAGAGAUGCAAAUUUUAUAAGUCUGAAAGUCAAUGUACUUGUUCAGAAUUACAAGAAUGAGAUAAAGAAAAUGCUAAGUCUUCUGCCUUUCAGACUUCAAAACAAAGUGAGUCCACUUGCUCUCAAGGAAUUAAGUUUCUAGGCUUGGAGAGGCUGGGUCUUCUUAAAGGCUAUCAGGUGCAGUGUAAAUUGCAGAUACUUGCUCAGCUGGAUAAACCUUUAACCAUGGAAAGAAGGCUUGUAAAGAAGGAAAUAAAAAAGCUGCUGAGAGAUUAUAUUGGCAUCAGACUUCGGGAAAAUGAAUUUGACCCGAAAGGAAGAAGGCGACUCACCUUUCUAGAUGAUAUGGCACACUAUGACCUGGCCAUCAGUGUUGCUCUACGGUGGCUGGAUGGCUCAGAAGAUUUAGCCUGGCUGGAGUGGGAGGACCUGAAACUACCACUUCACAGCAGACCCAUAUAUCCAAACUAUCGAGAACGGGAAGCAAUGAUUUUAUCAUCUUAUGCUGGAAUCUUAAUGAACAGUAUCCCAAUUGAAGAAGUCUUUAAAAUUUAUGGGGCCAAUUCUUCUGCCAAUUCUGGUACUACCAAGAUUCCCCGAGCUCCACUGAUGAGGCUCUCUAUGCACCCUUUGGCCAUGUUAACAGCACCCAAAGCAGCAGAAUAUGCCCGCAAGCAGAGUGUUGAGCUAAGAAGGGGAGCAACAAGUAAAAAAGCCAGGAGCAGUUCUACAAAGGAAGCAACUGCCACGGAAUGGAAAUCAUCAAAAAGUUUUUCAUAUACACUGCCAAGGAACAAAGUCACUUAGAGACUUGGACUGGCACCAUGGAACUGCAUAACAGAACCUCUGGUGGCAGAUGAAAACCACCUUCUUAAAGCUACAGUUUUGCCAGCACAUUUUUCUUUACAGUUAGCUUUUGAUGCAAACAGCACUGCCAAUGUUACUUUUAAUGUUGAGUUUUCUUCUCUUAGAAGCAUACUGCAGAGUAUGUUUUGGUAAAAGAAAAAAAAUGUGUGUAUCUCAUGUUACUUCAUUGUGACUAUAAGACUAAUAGAAAAUUCAGAGAGUGUAUAAUAUUUCUGUGUCAGAGUAGGCAGACUGGCUUCCUAGCAUGUUCUAUAAAUGUGUGGCAUUCAAUUCUGCAUGGUGGUGUAGAGGACAGUUUUCCCAAGUUGUAAUCCAAAAUAAAAUUAAUUGGUCAUUGAUUGCCUUUACUGUGUUCUCAAAAGGAAAGUACUUAAAUCAUCUCAA